AUGAAGUCCUGUUUUGGAAGAUGGUUAGCAUCUACUGAUUGGUCAUUCCUUGAAACACUAUCAAACUGUACGGAAAAAGUCGCUGCUUUCCAAUCUUUGCUAAAUUUUGCUAUCGAAAUUUUCUUCCCACUCCGAAAAAUCAAACAACACCCAACUGAUAGGCCUUGGAUUACUCCUGAACUGAAGAGUCUAAUCCAGCAACGACAACAAGCAAUGUCCAAAGACCCUCCUGUUUACAAAAAAUUGAGAAAUAAAGUUAACAGGCUAAAUAACAGUCUUAGGAGUUCCUUUUUUGCAAAUAAGGUAAAAAACUGUGACAAUGUAGCUUCCUGGUGGAAAUCCAUCAAACAACUUGGAGGACUUCCUAAGAAAUUACCAGUAUCCAGUGUUUUUGUAUCGGGCAAAGAAUUCCAUUCAACCGAAUUAGCAACAAAAAUGAACGAAAGCUUCCUGUGUAUCACAAACUUUCAACCAUCUCUAAACAGCCAAUUGGAAAACGUUGAAACUGAUCCUGCAGUAGUUAACGGAAUUAUUUCAAAAUACCACAUCUCCCCUGAAGAUGUUUUUACGAAGCUCUCCAACCUCAAACGCACUAAAGCCUCGGGUCCUGACAACUUACCAAGUUGGGUCUUAAACGAGUUUGCCAUGGAACUCUCAUCACCCGUUGCUGAAAUUUUUAACGCGUCAAUCCAAGAGAGAGUCGUACCCGUUUCAUGGAAAGUAGCAGAUGUAAUACCUAUUCGUAAAACAGAUAAGGUUAAGGAAAUUGAAAAUGAUCUACGCCCAUUAUCUGUAACACCAAUUCUCUCAAAAACCUUGGAACAUUUUGUCGCAGAGUGGAUUAUGUCACAGAUCAGACACCUCGUUGACAGGAAACAAUUCGGAUCACUCGCCGGCUUAUCUACAACUCACGCUCUUCUAUCGUUUUUUGUCAUCUGUAUGGAACUACCGACCAAUCUGACCAAUGCGUGCGUGUGCUGCUUCUGGAUUUUAGUAAAGCCUUCGACAAGAUUGAUCACCAUAUUCUUAUCAAGAAGAUGGAGGAAAUGGCCGUCGAUCCCGUUCUUAUCGCAUGGGUAA